AUGUCGACGGCGGCCUUGUACGGCAUCUAUGACCGAGUAGACGGCCCCAUCGAUGAGGAUGAUUUUAUCCAUGAGCCGGAUGGAAGAAAGCUCGAAGUUAGCAAUAUUGGCUGGCGGGGGAUAUCCAACGUAGUAAUCAUCGCAACCCUUAUCUUGGCCUUAUUUCUCCUCUUUUUGGGAUAUCCCGUCAUUUCGCACUAUACCAGACAUCGUGGCCUCUGGGAAAAUGCAAUACUGAAUGGUACUGGGCAGAUAGCGGACCUGCCCCUUCUACCAAAACUGAUCGAUCCCGAUACACCGGAGGGUGUUUACACUCGCACCGGAUUCGACGGGAAGGAGUACGAGCUUGUAUUUUCGGAUGAGUUCGAGACUCCGGGUCGGUCUUUCUAUCCGGGUGAUGAUCCAUUUUGGGAGGCUGUCGAUUUAUGGUAUUAUCCUACUAAGGAUCUGGAGUGGUACGAACCAGGCCAGGUCACAACUCGCGAUGGCCACCUAGUUAUAGUGAUCGACCAGACUGAUGACUACCCGGGCCUGUACUUCAAGUCCGGUAUGAUUCAAACCUGGAACAAGUUCUGCUUUAGAACAGGAUAUAUCGAAGUAAGCGUUGUGUUCCCGGGUUCCGAAGAUGUCUCGGGCUAUGCAUGGAUCAUGGGCAACCUAUGCAGACCUGGCUAUGGGGCGACUGCCGAGGGCAUGUGGCCGUAUUCUUAUGAUUCAUGUGAUCUCGGCACAUUGCCUAACCAGACGUUCAAUGGGCAGCCUGCGACAGCACUCACGGGCGGUGGAAAUCCAAAGUACAAUAACAACCUGAGCUGGCAACCGGGUCAAAGGCUCUCUGCCUGCACUUGCAAAGGCGAAGACCACCCGGGCCCUUUCUUGAACUCAGAGGGGAGAUUUAGGGGUCGCGGGGCUCCUGAGAUCGAUGUCUUCGAAGCCCAGAAAAGCAAGGAGGGCCCUGGAGGGCGUGUCACCCAGUCUGUGCAAAUGGCACCAUUUAGCUACUUGUACUAUUUCCCCAACACUACCGACAGUAUCACAAUCCCGCAUCCUGAACACACAAAAUUAAACUCGUACCGCUACAGCCAACAAGCUGUGUCAGCGCUUACAGAUUUGAAUGGUACCGUCUUCGCCAAGGGAGGAGCACAGUUCACAAAGUUUGGUUUCGAGUAUUGGUCAGAUCCACAGAAUCCCAAAGAUGGCUACAUCACUUGGGUAGCCAACGAUAAGGUCUUUACCGCCAGCUCAGAUGUUUUCCGAGCAGACCCCACUGUUCAGAUUAGUGACCGACUGGUACCGGAAGAACCGAUGUCAAUCGUGCUGAACUUGGCCGUUUCACAGUCGUUCCAAGCUGUGAAUACCGCUGCGAUGACUUUCCCGUCCGAGUAUCUAGUGGAUUAUAUUCGUGUAUGGCAGCGAAAGGGACUCGGAGCAGAGUAUUUGACGUGCGAUCCUCAAGACUAUCCUACCUCAAAUUACAUCAACAGACAUUUAAAUGCAUUUACGAACCGGAAUUAUACCCUCUGGAAGGAGGCAGGCUAUACGUUCCCUAAGAAUUCCAUGACUAUCAAUGCUAAAUUAUAUCAUGGGGGUCUUGUGCUUGAUAUCCCAUGUAUCUAUCAUACAUCAUGGACUUGA